UUUACCCAUACCAGUCUUGAGUUUAUCUGUCAUCUGAGUUGACAUCACAGAGCAGCCAUGGGGGAUGCUAUGAUGGCUGUGUUUGGGCCGGCUGCCUCGUACCUAAGGAAAUCGGACAAGGAGCGUAUGGAGGCUUCCACGCGUCCCUUCGACAUAAAGAGGGAAUGCUUCGUCCCGGAUGCAGUGGAAGAGUUUGUGAAGGCAACCAUCACCAGCAGAGAAGGAAGCAAGGUCACUGUAGAGACGGCGAAUGGGAAGACUGUCGUUAUCAAAGAUGUCGACAUCAUGCAACAGAAUCCUCCAAAGUUUGACAAGAUCGAGGACAUGGCCAUGCUGACCUUCCUCCACGAACCAGCUGUGUUGUUUAAUCUCAAAGAGCGUUAUGCAGCAUGGAUGAUCUACACCUACUCUGGGCUCUUCUGCGUGACUGUCAACCCCUACAAGGGGCUGCCAGUCUACAACCAAGAGGUGGUUGUUGCCUACAGAGGAAAGAAGAGGGCUGAAGCUCCUCCUCAUAUCUUCUCCAUCUCUGAUAAUGGAUACCAGUACAUGCUGUCAGACCGGGAAAACCAGUCUAUUUUGAUCACUGGAGAAUCUGGUGCAGGAAAGACUGUCAACACAAAGAGAGUCAUCCAGUAUUUUGCAAGUAUUGCAUCUGGAGGCAUGAAGAAAGACCCCAAUGCCAAAGACAAGGGUUCUCUGGAGGAUCAAAUCAUCCAGGCUAACCCUGCUCUGGAGGCCUUUGGUAAUGCCAAGACCAUCAGGAAUGACAAUUCUUCCAGAUUUGGUAAAUUCAUUCGAAUUCAUUUUGAUACCAGGGGAAAGUUAGCCUCUGCUGAUAUUGAAACAUACCUUCUGGAGAAAUCUCGUGUGGUCUUCCAGCUCAAGGCUGAGAGAGAUUACCACAUCUUCUACCAGAUUCUGUCCAACAAGAAGCCUGAACUCCUGGAGAUGCUGUUGAUUACAAAUAAUCCCUAUGACUACCCGUUCAUCUCUCAGGGGGAAACCACAGUGGCCUCUAUUGUUGAUGCAGAUGAACUGGAGGCAACAGAUAGUGCCUUUGAUGUGUUGGGCUUUACUCAAGAGGAAAAGAACUCUGUGUACAAGCUGACUGGUGCCAUCAUGCAUCAUGGAAAUAUGAAGUUCAAGACCAAGCAGCGAGAGGAGCAGGCAGAGGCUGAUGGCACUGAAGAUGCUGACAAAAUCGCAUAUCUGAUGGGCCUGAACACUUCCGACCUCAUCAAAAGUCUCUGUCACCCGAGAGUCAAAGUCGGAAAUGAGUGGGUCACAAAGGGACAAAGUGUUGCUCAAGUGACCUACUCUGUUGGAGCUCUAUCAAAGGCUAUUUAUGAAAAGAUGUUCCUGUGGAUGGUGAUAAGAAUCAACCAGUCACUGGAGACCAGACAGCCCCGCCAGUACUUUAUUGGUGUACUGGACAUUGCUGGAUUUGAGAUCUUUGAUUUGAACACCUUUGAGCAGCUGUGCAUCAACUUCACCAAUGAAAAGCUGCAACAGUUUUUCAACCACCACAUGUUUGUGCUGGAGCAAGAAGAGUACAAGAAAGAGGGCAUUGAAUGGACUUUCAUCGAUUUUGGCAUGGAUUUGCAGGCCUGUAUUGACCUGAUUGAAAAGCCCAUGGGUAUCAUGUCCAUCCUUGAAGAGGAGUGCAUGUUCCCCAAAGCCUCUGAUAUUACCUUUAAAUCCAAGCUCUAUGACAACCAUCUCGGGAAGUCUGCCAACUUCCAGAAGCCCAGAGGUAUCAAAGGAAAACCAGAGGCCCACUUUGCCCUGAUGCACUACGCUGGAACUGUUGACUAUAAUAUCGUCAACUGGCUGGUGAAAAACAAGGAUCCUCUGAAUGAGACUGUUAUUGGAUUCUACCAGAAGUCCAAUCUCAAGCUGUUAUCCAUCCUGUUCAUUAAUUAUGCUGGAGCUGAUCCAGUUGCAGGUGAGGAGCAAGAAGGCAAAAAAGAGAAGAGAAAGAAGAAGGGUGCAUCGUUUCAGACUGUGUCCGCACUUCACAGGGAAAACCUGAACAAGCUGAUGACCAACUUGAGGUCUACUCACCCUCACUUUGUACGCUGCAUCAUCCCCAAUGAGACCAAGACUCCUGGGGCCAUGGAGAACCCUCUGGUGAUGCACCAGCUGCGCUGUAACGGUGUGCUGGAAGGCAUCAGGAUCUGCAGGAAGGGCUUUCCCAACAGGAUCCUGUAUGGAGAUUUCAAACAGAGAUAUCGCAUUCUGAAUGCCGCUGCCAUUCCUGACGGCCAGUUCAUUGACAGCAGGAAGGGAGCUGAGAAACUUCUUGGGUCUCUGGAUAUUGACCACAAUCAGUACAAGUUUGGACACACAAAGGUGUUCUUCAAGGCUGGUUUGCUGGGUCUGCUUGAGGAGAUGAGAGACGAGCGUCUCUCCAAAAUCAUCACUGCUAUUCAAGCCAGAUCCCGUGGCCUCUUGUCUCGUAUUGAGUAUCAGAAGAUUGUGGAACGCAGAGAAGCAUUAUUGGUGAUCCAAUGGAAUGUCCGUUCAUUCAUGGGGGUCAAGAAUUGGCCCUGGAUGAAGCUGUUCUUCAAGAUCAAACCCCUAUUGAGAUCGGCUGAAUCAGAAAAGGAAAUGGCCAACAUGAAGGAAGAAUUCCUGAAGCUGAAGGAGGCCUUUGCAAAAUCUGAAGCUCGUAGAAAGGAACUGGAGGAGAAAAUGGUUUCUCUGCUUCAAGAGCAGAACGAUCUGCAGCUCCAAGUUCAAACAGAGCAAGAUAAUCUCUGUGAUGCAGAAGAAAGAUGUGAGGGGCUGAUCAAGAGCAAGAUCCAGCUUGAGGCAAAAGGCAAAGAGCUCACGGAAAGGCUGGAGGAUGAAGAGGAGAUGAAUGCUGAAAUGACUGCUAAGAAGAGGAAGCUGGAGGAUGAGUGCUCUGAGCUGAAGAAAGACAUUGAUGACUUAGAGUUAACUCUGGCUAAGGUGGAGAAAGAAAAGCAUGCCACAGAGAACAAGGUAAAGAACCUGGUGGAAGAGAUGGCUGGUCAGGAUGAAAUCAUUGCUAAGUUGACCAAAGAAAAGAAAGCCCUACAGGAAUCUCAUCAGCAAACACUGGAUGAUCUUCAGAGUGAAGAAGACAAAGUCAACACUCUGACCAAGGCCAAGACUAAGCUGGAGCAGCAAGUGGAUGAUCUUGAGGGAUCUCUUGAGCAAGAGAAGAAGGUUCGAAUGGACCUUGAGAGAGCUAAGAGAAAGCUGGAGGGAGACUUAAAGUUGACCCUGGAGACUUUAAUGGAUUUAGAAAAUGACAAGAUACAACUGGAGGAGCACCUGAAAAAGAAAGACUUUGAGAUCAGCCAGCUGAACGGGAAAAUUGAAGAUGAUCAAACAAUCAUCAUUCAACUCCAGAAAAAGCUGAAGGAGCUGCAGGCUCGUGUAGAGGAGCUUGAAGAAGAGCUUGAAGCAGAGCGAUCUGCUCGAGCUAAGGUGGAAAAGCAGAGAGCCGACUUGUCCAGAGAGCUGGAGGAGAUCAGUGAGAGGCUGGAGGAAGCUGGUGGAGCAACAUCUGCCCAGAUUGAGAUGAACAAGAAGAGAGAGGCCGAGCUACAGAAACUCCGCAGAGACCUUGAAGAGGCUACUCUGCAGCACGAAGCCACUGCUGCCACACUCAGGAAGAAACAAGCUGACAGUGUGGCUGAUCUAGGAGAGCAGAUAGACAACCUGCAGAGAGUCAAGCAGAAACUGGAGAAGGAGAAGAGUGAGCUCAGACUGGAGCUGGAUGAUGUGGUCUCCAAUAUGGAACACAUAGCCAAGUCAAAGAUUACCUUGGAAAAGACCUGCAGAACUUUGGAAGAUCAAAUGAAUGAAUACAGGAGCAAGUGUGAUGAAUAUCAGAGAUCUAUGAAUGACUUCACCACUCAGAGAGCCAAGCUUCUAGCUGAGAAUGGUGAGUUUUCAAGACAGCUGGAGGAGAAAGAAUCUCUUGUUUCUCAGCUGACCAGAGGAAAAAAUUGCUACACUCAACAACUUGAAGACAUAAAAAGACAACUAGAGGAGGAAGUAAAAGCAAAGACUGCUUUAGCCCAUGCAGUGCAGUCUGCUCGUCAUGACUGUGAUCUGCUCAGGGAGCAGUAUGAGGAGGAGCAGGAGGCCAAGUCUGAAUUGCAGCGUGGCAUGUCCAAGGCCAACUCCGAGGUGGCUCAGUGGAGAGCUAAGUACGAAACUGAUGCCAUCCAAAAGACUGAGGAACUGGAGGAGGCCAAGAAAAAGCUGGCUCAGCGUCUGCAGGAUGCCGAGGAGGCCGUUGAAGCAGUGAAUGCUAAGUGCUCGUCUCUGGAGAAGACCAAACACAGGCUGCAGAAUGAGAUUGAAGAUCUCAUGGUGGAUGUUGAGAGGUCUAAUGCUGCUGCUGCUGCUCUGGACAAGAAGCAAAGAAACUUUGACAAGGUCCUGUCUGAGUGGAAACAGAAGUAUGAAGAGUCUCAGUGUGAGCUGGAGGGCUCUCAGAAGGAAGCCAGGUCUUUGAGCACAGAGCUCUUCAAACUGAAGAAUUCAUAUGAGGAGUCACUGGAUCAUCUGGAUACCAUGAAGAGGGAGAACAAGAAUCUUCAGGAGGAGAUGUCUGACCUCACUGAGCAAAUUGGAGAGGGAGCAAAAAGCAUUCAUGAGUUGGAGAAAGCCCGCAAGCAGCUGGAGCAAGAAAAGAGUGAGAUUCAGUCUGCACUCGAGGAAGCAGAGGGGUCUCUUGAGCAUGAGGAGGGAAAGAUUCUAAGAGCCCAACUUGAGUUCAACCAGAUUAAGGCAGACAUGGAGCGUAAAGUAGCUGAGAAAGACGAGGAGAUGGAGCAGUCCAAGAGGAACCUGCAGAGGACCAUUGACACCCUGCAGAGCUCUCUUGACGCGGAGACUCGCAGCAGGAACGAGGCUCUCCGUUUGAAGAAGAAGAUGGAGGGAGACCUUAAUGAGAUGGAGAUCCAGCUGAGCCAGGCAAACAGGCAGGCGGCUGAGGCUCAGAAACAGCUUAAAUCUGUCCAUGCACAUCUGAAGGACGCCCAGCUCCAGCUUGAUGACUCUCUUCGAUCCAAUGAAGAGCUUAAGGAGAACAAUGCCAUUGUUGAGAGACGCAACAACCUGCUUCAGGCCGAAGUGGAAGAGCUCAGGUCUGCUCUGGAGCAAACUGAAAGAGGCCGCAAACUUGCUGAGCAAGAGCUGCUGGAUGUUAGUGAACGGGUGCAGCUCCUGCACUCACAGAACACUAGCCUGAUCAAUCACAAGAAGAAGCUGGAGGCUGAUACAUCCCAGCUUCAGACUGAAGUGGAGGAAGCAGUGCAGGAGUGCAGAAAUGCUGAGGAAAAGGCUAAGAAAGCCAUCACUGAUGCUGCCAUGAUGGCAGAGGAGCUGAAGAAAGAGCAGGACACCAGCUCUCACCUGGAGCGCAUGAAGAAGAACAUGGAGCAAACCAUCAAAGACCUGCAGCACCGUCUGGAUGAAGCUGAACAGAUCGCCAUGAAGGGAGGCAAGAAGCAGAUCCAGAAGCUCGAGACCAGGGUGAAGGAGCUGGAAAAUGAGGUGGAACUGGAGCAAAAGAAAAGCACCGAAGCUGUGAAAGGCAUCCGUAAAUACGAACGCCGUAUGAAGGAACUUACCUAUCAGAGUGAGGAAGAUCGCAAGAAUAUUGCCCGACUCCAAGACCUGGUAGAUAAGCUGCAGUUGAAGGUUAAAUCUUACAAGAGAACUACUGAGGAGGCUGAGGAACAGGCUAAUGCUCACCUUGGUAAGUUCCGGAAGCAGCAGCACGAGCUGGAUGAGGCUGAAGAGAGAGCUGACAUUGCUGAGACUCAGGUCAACAAGAUGCGUGCCAAGACCCGUGAUGUGGGCCCCAAGAAAGUGUUUGAGGAAGAAAUGGGUGACUCUGUCAUGAGAGACUUUGGGGCAGCAGCCCCGUACCUGAGGAAGUCAGACCGGGAGCGCCUGGAGGCCCAGACCCGUGCCUUUGACAUGAAGAAGGAGUGCUUUGUUACAGAUCCUGAUGAGGAAUAUGUGAAGGCUUCCAUCAUCAGCCGUGAUGGAGACAAAGUCACUGCUGAGACUGCAAAAGGGAAGACUGUCACAGUGAAGGAGUGCGAUGUACACCCUCAGAACCCGCCAAAGUUUGAUAAAAUUGAAGACAUGGCGAUGUUCACCUUCCUCCAUGAGCCCGCUGUGCUGUUUAACCUCAAAGAGCGUUAUGCAGCAUGGAUGAUUUACACCUACUCUGGUCUCUUCUGUGUGACUGUCAACCCCUACAAGGGGCUGCCAGUCUACAACCAAGAGGUGGUUGUUGCCUACAGAGGAAAGAAGAGGGCUGAAGCUCCUCCUCAUAUCUUCUCCAUCUCUGACAAUGCUUACCAGUACAUGCUCACUGACAGGGAAAAUCAGUCAAUUCUCAUCACCGGAGAAUCCGGUGCUGGGAAAACUGUCAAUACCAAGAGAGUCAUCCAGUACUUUGCCAGCAUUGCAGCUGCAGGCGGGAAGAAGGAUGCAGGCAGUGACAAAAAGGUGAAAAUGCUGAGAUCUUUUAACUGCAUAUUGCAUACUUUUCUCUUUGGUUCUCUGGAGGAUCAAAUCAUUCAGGCUAACCCUGCUUUAGAGGCCUUUGGUAACGCAAAGACCAUCAGGAAUGACAACUCCUCCAGAUUUGGUAAAUUCAUCAGAAUUCACUUUGCAGCCAGUGGAAAGCUGGCCUCAGCUGACAUUGAGACAUAUCUGCUGGAAAAGUCCCGGGUCACCUAUCAGCUUAAGGCCGAGAGGGAUUACCACAUCUUCUAUCAGAUUCUGUCUCAGAAAAAGCCUGAGCUGCUUGAAAUGCUGCUUAUCACCAACAACCCCUAUGACUACGGCUUCAUCUCCCAAGGAGAGACGACAGUAGCAUCCAUCAAUGAUGCUGACGAACUGAUGGCAACUGAUGAAGCCUUUGAUGUGCUGGGAUUUAAUCAAGAAGAGAAGAACGGCAUUUACAAGCUGACUGGUGCCAUCAUGCAUCAUGGAAAUAUGAAAUUUAAGAACAAGCAGCGUGAAGAACAGGCAGAGGCUGAUGGCACCGAAGAUGCUGACAAAAUUGCAUAUCUGAUGGGCCUGAACACCUCCGACCUCAUCAAAGGUCUCUGUCACCCGAGAGUCAAAGUCGGAAAUGAGUGGGUCACCAAGGGACAAAGUGACCUGCAGGUGAACUCUUCUAUUGGUGCACUGGCUAAAUCAGUGUAUGAGAAGAUGUUUUUGUGGAUGGUGGUGAGGAUAAACCAAUCCCUGGACACAAAGCAGCCCCGCCAGUACUUCAUUGGAGUACUGGACAUUGCUGGAUUUGAGAUCUUUGAUUUCAACACCUUUGAGCAGCUGUGCAUCAACUUCACCAAUGAAAAACUGCAACAGUUUUUCAACCACCACAUGUUUGUGCUGGAGCAAGAAGAGUACAAGAAAGAGGGCAUUGAAUGGACUUUCAUUGAUUUUGGCAUGGAUUUGCAGGCCUGUAUUGACCUGAUUGAAAAGCCCAUGGGUAUCAUGUCCAUCCUUGAAGAGGAGUGCAUGUUCCCCAAAGCCUCUGAUGCCACCUUUAAAUCCAAGCUCUAUGACAACCAUCUCGGGAAGUCUGGUAACUUCCAGAAGCCCAGAAUUGUCAAAGGGAGACCAGAGGCCCACUUUGCCCUGAUGCACUACGCUGGAACUGUUGACUAUAAUAUCAACAGCUGGCUGUUGAAAAACAAAGAUCCUCUGAAUGAGACUGUUGUUGGACUCUACCAGAAGUCCAAUCUUAAACUGCUAUCUUUGCUCUUUGUAAAUUACUUGUACAUUGGUUUAUUAGCUGACGGUGGAAAGGGUGGCAAAGGCAGCAAGAAGAAGGGUUCAUCUUUCCAAACUGUGUCUGCCUUGCACAGGGAGAACCUGCAUAAGCUGAUGACCAACUUGAAGUCCACUCACCCUCACUUUGUACGCUGCAUCAUCCCCAAUGAGACCAAGACUCCUGGGGCCAUGGAGAACCCUCUGGUGAUGCACCAGCUGCGCUGUAACGGUGUGCUGGAAGGCAUCAGGAUCUGCAGGAAGGGCUUUCCCAAUAGGGUCACCUAUGCAGAUUUCAAACAAAGAUAUCGCAUCCUGAAUCCUGCUGCCAUCCCUGACGGCCAGUUCAUUGACAGCAAGAAGGGAGCAGAGAAACUUCUUGGGUCUCUGGAUAUUGACCACAGUCAGUACAAGUUUGGACACACAAAGGUGUUCUUUAAGGCUGGUCUUCUUGGUCAACUGGAAGAGAUGAGGGAUGACCGUUUGUCCCUCAUCAUCACUGGGAUCCAGGCAAGAGCAAGAGGCAUGCUGGCAAGAGUGGAAUUCCAGAGAAUUGUUGAAAGGAGAGAUGCACUUUUGGUGAUCCAGUGGAACAUCCGUGCCUUCAUGGGGGUCAAGAAUUGGCCCUGGAUGAAGCUGUUCUUCAAAAUUAAACCUCUGUUGAGAUCGGCUGAAUCAGAAAAGGAAAUGGCCAACAUGAAGGACGAAUUCCUGAAGCUGAAGGAGGCAUAUGCAAAAUCUGAAGCUCGUAGAAAGGAACUGGAGGAGAAAAUGGUUUCUCUUCUUCAAGAGAAGAAUGACCUGCAGCUCCAUGUCCAAUCUGAGCAAGAUAAUCUUGCGGAUGCAGAAGAAAGAUGCGAGGGGCUGAUCAAAAACAAAAUUCAGAUGGAGGCAAAAGCCAAAGAGCUCACGGAAAGGCUGGAGGAUGAAGAGGAGAUGAAUGCUGAAAUGACUGCUAAGAAGAGGAAGCUGGAGGAUGAGUGCUCUGAGCUGAAGAAAGACAUUGAUGACUUAGAGUUAACUCUGGCUAAGGUGGAGAAAGAAAAGCAUGCCACAGAGAACAAGGUAAAGAACCUGGUGGAAGAGAUGGCUGGUCAGGAUGACAUCAUUGCUAAGUUGACCAAAGAAAAGAAAGCCCUACAGGAAGCCCAUCAGCAAACACUGGAUGAUCUUCAGAGUGAAGAAGAUAAAGUCAACACUCUGACCAAGGCCAAGUCUAAGCUGGAGCAGCAAGUGGAUGAUCUUGAAGGUUCUCUGGAACAAGAGAAGAAGAUUCGGAUGGAUCUUGAAAGAGCUAAGAGGAAACUAGAGGGAGAUUUGAAAUUAACCCAGGAGAGCCUCAUGGAUCUGGAAAAUGACAAGCAGCAACUUGAAGAGCAUAUGAAAAAGAAAGAUUUUGAGAUCAGUCAGCUCAGCAGUAAAAUAGAAGAUGAGCAGGCUGUGACAAUUCAGCUUCAAAAGAAACUGAAGGAGCUCCAGGCUCGCAUUGAAGAACUUGAAGAAGAGCUUGAAGCAGAGCGAGCUGCUCGAGCUAAGGUGGAAAAGCAGAGAUCCGACUUGGCCAGAGAGCUGGAGGAGAUCAGUGAGAGGCUGGAGGAAGCUGGUGGAGCAACAUCUGCCCAGAUUGAGAUGAACAAGAAGAGAGAGGCCGAGUUCCAGAAACUCCGCAGAGACCUUGAAGAGGCUACUCUGCAGCACGAAUCCACUGCUGCCACACUCAGGAAGAAACAAGCUGACAGUGUGGCUGAUCUGGGAGAGCAGAUAGACAACCUGCAGAGAGUCAAGCAGAAACUGGAGAAGGAGAAGAGUGAGCUCAGACUGGAGCUGGAUGAUGUGGUCUCCAAUAUGGAACAUAUUGUGAAGACAAAGACAAAUCUGGAGAAGACAUGCAGGACAGUGGAAGAUCAGAUGAAUGAAUACAAGACCAAAUAUGAAGAGGCUCAUCGCUGCAUUAAUGAUUUCAACAUGCAGAAAGCUAAACUUCAAACAGAAAAUGGUGAGAUCACAAGGCAGCUAGAAGAGAAGGACUCUCUGGUAUCACAGCUGACAAGAGGCAAAAUGUCCUACACCCAGCAGGUUGAUGACCUCAAGCGACAACUAGAAGAGGAGACCAAGGCAAAGAAUGCUUUAGCCCAUGCAGUGCAGUCUUCUCGACAUGACUGUGAUCUGCUCAGGGAGCAGUAUGAGGAGGAGCAGGAGGCCAAGUGUGAAUUACAACGCGGCAUGUCCAAGGCCAACUCUGAGGUAGCUCAGUGGAGAACUAAGUACGAAACUGAUGCCAUCCAGAGAACCGAGGAACUGGAGGAAGCAAAGAAAAAGCUGGCUCAGCGUCUGCAGGAUGCUGAGGAGGCUGUUGAAGCAACGAAUGCUAAGUGCUCGUCUCUGGAGAAGACCAAACACAGGCUGCAGAAUGAGAUUGAAGAUCUCAUGGUGGAUGUUGAGAGGUCUAAUGCUGCUGCUGCUGCUCUGGACAAGAAGCAAAGAAACUUUGACAAGGUCCUGUCUGAAUGGAAGCAAAAGUAUGAAGAGUCUCAGUGUGAGCUGGAGAGCUCUCAGAAAGAGGCCAGGUCUUUGAGCACUGAACUCUUCAAACUGAAGAACUCCUAUGAGGAGUCUGUGGAUCAUCUGGAGACCAUGAAGAGAGAGAAUAAGAACUUACAGGAGGAAAUGUCUGACCUCACUGAGCAACUUGGCGAGAGCGGAAAGAACAUGCAUGAACUGGAGAAAUUAAGGAAACAACUGGAACAGGAGAAAAUGGAGAUCCAGUCUGCUCUCGAGGAAGCUGAGGCCUCCCUGGAGCAUGAAGAGGGGAAGAUUCUAAGAGCCCAGCUCGAGUUCAAUCAAAUUAAAGCUGAAAUUGAACGCAAACUAGCUGAGAAAGACGAGGAGAUGGAGCAGUGCAAGAGGAACCUGCAGAGGACCAUUGACACUCUGCAGAGCUCUCUUGAAGCUGAGUGUCGCAGCAGGAAUGAGGCUCUCCGUUUGAAGAAGAAGAUGGAGGGAGACCUUAAUGAGAUGGAGAUCCAGCUGAGCCAGGCAAACAGGCAGGCGGCUGAGGCUCAGAAACAGCUUAAAUCUGUCCAUGCACAUCUGAAGGACGCCCAAAUCCAGCUUGAUGACUCUCUUCGAUCCAAUGAAGAUCUUAAGGAGAACAAUGCCAUUAUUGAGAGACGCAACAACCUGCUUCAGGCUGAACUUGAGGAACUCAGGUCUGCUCUGGAGCAAACUGAAAGAGGCCGCAAACUUGCUGAGCAAGAGCUGCUGGAUGUUAGUGAACGUGUGCAGCUCCUGCACUCACAGAACACUGGCCUGAUAAACCAGAAGAAAAAACUUGAGGUUGACGCAUCCCAGCUUCAGACUGAAGUGGAGGAAGCAGUGCAGGAGUGCAGAAAUGCUGAGGAAAAGGCUAAGAAAGCCAUCACUGAUGCUGCCAUGAUGGCAGAGGAGCUGAAGAAAGAGCAGGACACCAGCUCUCACCUGGAGCGCAUGAAGAAGAACAUGGAGCAAACCAUCAAAGACCUGCAGCACCGUCUGGAUGAAGCUGAACAGAUCGCCAUGAAGGGAGGCAAGAAGCAGCUGCAGAAGCUCGAGGCCAGGGUGAGGGAGCUGGAGGGUGAGGUGGAGUCAGAGCAGAAGAAGAGCACUGAAGCAGUGAAGGGGGUCCGUAAAUAUGAGAGACGCGUCAAAGAGCUCACAUACCAGACUGAGGAAGACCGCAAGAAUAUGGCGCGUCUGCAGGAUCUGGUUGACAAACUGCAACUGAAAGUCAAAGCCUACAAGAGAGCUUCAGAGGAGGCUGAAGAGGUGGCCAAUACUCAUCUGGGCAAGUUCCGUAAACUGCAGCACGAGAUGGAUGAGGCUGAGGAGAGAGCUGACAUUGCUGAGUCUCAGGUCAACAAGCUGCGUGCCAAGAGCCGCGAUGUAGGCUCCAAGAAAGGGCUGGAGGAGGAGUGAAACUCGCAGACGGCCACGUAAGAUCUUUGGGUUCUCCUCUGAUGUAGUCUCCUUUGUCUUUAAAGUAACUGUAGAAUAAAAAAGAG